GCAAAAUAUACAGCUUACUCGCGAACGCACAGACAUUUACCACAGGUCUUUCCGACGCAAGACAUUCCGUCACACACUUUGCCAAUACAUUUUUCCACUUUUUCAGGAUUUCAGUUUGAGUUCGUCUCGCGACACAUUGGGUGCUAAAAAUGUUUUUUUCUUGAUUUUGUUUGCCAUCAAAUAAAACACUCAUCGUUUUUCAUUGGACAAUCAAAUUGAUUAAAUUUCGUUUUUAGAAGUCGCAUUGUUAUUUGUCAUUAUUUGGACUCGCUACACAUUUGUUUUUUUUAUUUUGUUGUGCUGAUUUUAGUCACAGGGUUGUCGUUACACCGGACAUUCGCUUUUUCUCGAUUACGUGUUUUUGAUGAUGACAAGAUUUUUGUCGAAAUGCAUAUAAAUGUAUAAAGCAUUUUUUUGUAAAUAAAUAAUAUUCAUUAUCAAAUCAAAUUAAUAUCUACAAAUAAAGUGUGUUUAAAAAGUGUUUAAUAUUUGGCAACUGCUGUAAAGUUAUUCCAAAGAUGCUGAUUUUAACAUUUAUUUGUGUGACAUUUCUGUGCGCUAGCGCGAACUCAGGGGCAACCAACGAGACGCAUAUUAUAAAUCCAAGACCCGAAUUGGAGUGGUAUGAAAAUUGUGUUUUUUAUCAAAUUUAUCCGCGGUCGUUUAAAGACAGUGAUGGUGACGGCGUUGGGGAUAUUCGAGGCAUCAUUCAAGAAUUAGACUACUUACAAGAAUUGGGCAUUGAUGGAGCUUGGCUUUCGCCAAUAUUUAAGAGCCCAAUGGUUGAUUUCGGUUAUGACAUUGAAGAUUUCUGCGCUGUCGAUCCAAUAUUUGGUACGAUGGAAGAUUUAGAAGAGCUGUUUAGAGAAGCCAAAAAAAGAAACAUUAAAAUCAUAUUGGAUUUCGUGCCAAAUCACACAUCGGACAAACACGAAUGGUUUCAAAAAUCAGUGAAACGUGACCCCGAGUAUGAAAACUUUUACGUUUGGGCUGAUGGUAAAAAAAAUAACACCGAACCGCCAAAUAAUUGGCUAUCAGCAUUCUAUGGAUCGGCGUGGACUUUCAACGAAGAACGAAAUCAGUGGUACUAUCAUGCAUUUGCAAAAGAGCAACCAGACCUGAACUAUCGUAAUCCACGUGUGAUAAAGGAAAUGACCAACAUUAUCAACUUUUGGCUUGAAAAGGGUGCUCAUGGUUUUCGUAUUGAUGCAAUUUUCUUUUUGUAUGAAUACGAAGAUUUGCGCGACGAACCUUUGAGUAACAAAACCAAUAACCACAACUCGUAUGACUAUCUUUUGCAUCAUUACGUCAUAAAUUUAGAUGAAAUAUUCGAUGUAGUUCAUGUAUUUCGUGAAACCACUGAUCAAUUUGAAGAGAAAAACCCAGGUGUUAAAGUCGUUUUAAUGACUGAAGCUUAUGUAAAUAAUACAGAAUAUGUCAAAUAUUUUGGUAACGGUAAAAGAAAGGGAGCGCAUAUUCCAUUUAAUUUUGAUUUGAUCAGUGAUAUGGACAAAUAUUCAACGCCAAAAGAUGUUAAGAAAAUCAUUGAUAAAUUAUUUGGAAGUGUUCCAGUGGGCAAUCAGCUCAAUUGGCAACUGGGAAACCAUGAUAGACCACGUAUUGGUUCGCGAUACAGUGAACGAAGAGUUGAUGGUUUUAACGCAUUAAUAAUGACAUUGCCAGGCAUCGCCAUCACUUACUACGGUGAGGAGUUGGGAAUGGUGGAUAAUAGGACGAUUCCAUUUUCUGAAACAGUCGAUCCACAAGUCAUC